GGGGCGCUUAUCCUCGUAUCCAUCCAACACGAAUGGUUUGGCUUCUCAGAAAAAAACAAAAAAAAAGCCAAACUCCAUCAAUCGCCGGCGAAUUAUCAGUCGGGUCACCCUCCGAUCUGAUCCAUGACCUUAUCAGACGACGAAGACAAGUUCUUGGCAAACUUCCUCGAAUCUGAACUCUCCGAUGAGGAGGAGAGGGAAUCGGAGGAGCCUGAAGCCAAGCGAUUGCGCGUAGGAAAGGAUGAUGAGGAAGAGGAACCAAAACGCAAAGGAGAGGGGGCUUCUUGUUCCAAUCCGAAUCCGGAUUCGGGUCCGGGCCAAGUGAAGAACAACAGCAAUAUAAGUGUUCCUCGGAGGAUUGAGAGCGGAACUUUUAGCAAGAUUCCUCCUGAGUUGUUCCCUCACAUCCUCAAAUUUCUUUCAUCCGAGGAUCUUGUAUCGUGCUCGCUGGUAUGCAGUUUCCUGAAUUACGCGGCAGCUGAUGAGUCCUUGUGGCGUCGCCUGUAUUGUAUGAGGUGGGGUUUGUUGCCUCCAACAAAAAUAAGAGAAUGUGCUUGGAAGAAGCUUUACAUCCAGCGUGAUGAGGAGGACAUGAUUGAACUUGUUAGGAACUGUCCAUCUGAAUUUAAAGAGUAUUACAUUCAAAUGCAAGCAGCAAAAAGAAGCCAAGCACCUCUUCCUUCGCAGGUGAAGGAUGACCCAAUAAUUCUGGACAAGACGGUUGCUGAUCAAGUAUCUAUGUGGAAAAGCAGUCGGGGUCUGACUGAUAAGGUUGUUGCUGACCAUGCUUGUUCUGGAGAAACAUGUUCCUACUACCAAAUUGGAGAUGUAUUUGUUUGUGAGAAGACUGGGCAGGUUCAUGUGUGUGAUGAUACUUGUCGAGAAGUCAUUUUGGACCCCACCAAUGAGCUUUUGGUCUGCACAAUAUCAGGCCACUGUUUUGAUAGGUUACUGUCACCAUCCGAAAUGGAAUUGGAUCCUGAACAACAGCAAGGUGGUGGCACAGAUGAAGCAGAACCAUUCAUGGGAUCUGGCCGAUUUGCACGAGCUUACUUAUUAGGAUACAACUGCGACGAUGAAAAGGAGCUGGAAGCUGCUUUGAGGUUUUGUUGAUCCAAAUCUUUGUUAAUUUUAGGUGGGUGUAUUUAUGUGGGUAAAUUAGUACAAGGCCACAAAUGUUCACCUGUCUGGCUUAUGAAUGUUUAGGUUUUGCUUGAUUCUACAGUUGUACGACUGUUAGAUAUAAGUCAGGCCAUUCAGUUUUACGCUAUCAUAUUACUUGGUUAUAUCGUAUGAUUAAAACUCCGUGUCCCUGAAUCUUGUAUUGUAAUAUUUUGGCCCAUGGCGAGUGGCACAUGAUUUCGAUUGAA